GAACAACUGGCAAAACAAGUCGUCUUUGACAUAAUUGCUUGAUUUUGGACGCCAUGGUGAAACAACGACGCAUCAGAGCUCAUCCCUGUUGCACAGCUGUUGCGCCUCUUUGUUGCAGGAGAGAACCAUUAAAGACUCUGACAGAACCAGCCAUCUUUGCCAGAGAGACCAGCUGUGAAUGUCGUGCCCCCCAUGAGAAACUCACCAUCGCUCAGGCCCGCAGAGGUACACCAGUGGACCGACCAGUCAGAGUCUACGCAGAUGGCAUCUUUGACCUGUUCCACUCUGGCCACGCUCGUGCUCUCAUGCAGGCCAAAAACCUCUUCCCCAACACCUACCUCAUAGUAGGAGUGUGCAGUGACGAGCUCACCCAUAAAUACAAGGGUUUCACAGUCAUGACGGAGACCGAACGAUAUGAAGCGCUGAGACACUGCCGUUACGUCGACGAGAUCUUGAGAGACGCCCCCUGGACUCUCACCCCUGAGUUCCUGGAGAAACACAAGAUCGAUUUUGUGGCUCAUGAUGAUAUCCCAUACUCCUCAGCAGGAAGUGAGGAUGUUUAUAAACACAUCAAGGAGGCAGGGAUGUUUGUACCCACACAGCGGACAGAAGGAAUAUCAACAUCUGAUUUGAUCACAAGAAUAGUCAGAGACUAUGACGUCUACGCACGGCGCAACCUUCAGCGUGGCUACACGGCCAAGGAGCUGAACGUCAGCUACAUUAAUGAGAAGAAGUACCGGCUGCAGAACCAGGUGGACCGGAUGAAGGAGAAGGUUCGAACAGUCGAGGAGAAGAGUAAACAUUUUGUUUAUCGCGUGGAGGAAAAGAGCGCUGACCUCAUUCAGAAGUGGGAGGAGAAAUCCAGGGAGUUUAUUGGCAACUUCUUGGAGCUGUUUGGGCCUGAUGGGACUUGGAAACAAGUGUUUCAGGAACGCAGUGGGCGGAUGCUCUCCUACGCUCUGUCUCCCAGAGAGUCGCCAUGCAACAGUCCUCCCCGCGAACUGUCCCCUCUACGUUCCCCCUCGCCCCCUUCUCCCCCGGCCCGCUGGCACAAUGCACGCCCCUCGCCACCAACCUCCCCUAAAGGAGCCUCUGCCUCGAUGAGCAGCAUGAGUGAAGGUGAUGAAGAUGAGAAGUAGACGGACACAUGUACACAUACUCACACCUCACCCACUGCCUGAGAACUGCUCACACCUACAAACACACACAACACUGUCCUACAAACAUCGACUGGAUAAAGAAACUGUUCUCUUUUAGGAAGUUCCUAAAAUGCAAGGCAGAGGGCGAUCAUGGGAAAUGAAGUUCUUUGCUGCUGAACUCAGAAGCCAUCACUCUCUCUGUUUUUUGGGGAACCAAGGAGACAGAAAAGGAUUACUGUAUACAGCGUCACAUAUCAUCAACCCCCAGAAUGCUUUGCAGCAUCUUUCGGGGAGGAUUUUAUUGGGAUGGCCCGACGCUUACAGAAAAUUUCCUAUAGCCUGCUCAUAAUGUCAAGUCUUUGUUCUGAUUCUUCCUUUGUUAACGUUUUUUUAUUCUAAUUUGCCAAGAUUUUUUUGUAACUACUGUGAACACAAUGUAUAAAAAGGCACACAGAAAUAUAAGACAGGUCGUAUAAGUGAGUAGGAACUGGUUUAAUUCAUCACUUUGUGCUUGUUGUACUGAGAGUAUGGAAUGCAGGAAAAUACACCACACAUGCUAGAUAGUAGAUUUUAUUUGUUGGACAACCUCUCCUCUUGGCACUUGAAUACAAAGUAACUAGUUUGCACAGUUUUGUCUAAAUGAUUGGCAAGAUUUUUAAAAAUCAGUGAACCGCAAUCUUUGAUCUACUUGUGACCACUGAAUUGGAUUUAAACUAAUCCCUAAAAAACAGGUGGAAAAGCAAAGAGAGUAAGACCCUUACGAUUCAAAACUUUGGCUGCAUUUAAUCUGUAAAAUACCUGUGAAAUAAUACCAAAACUUGAUUGUGACUUUUAGCCUCUUGAAUGUAAACUGAAUUCUUGAAAUCACCCUAGUUUAUGCUUAAAUGCAAUAAGAAACUCACAGAACAGUCACCUCUUCCACCACAGAGAUAUCAUACCUCACUGUUAACAUACUCUCCCCUCCAAAAGUGUUGGGACAGUGAGGCUAAUUCCUUUAUUUUUGCUGUAGACAGAAAACAUUUGAGUUUGAUAUAAAGAAAAAAAAGAAUAUGAGAUUAGAGCUCACCAUUUCAGCUUUUAUUUCCAGGUAUUUACAUCUGGAUCUAAUACACAACCUAGAAGAUAGCAUAAUUUGAAACGGAGGGGUUACUCCCCUCAGUCUCCUUUUUAGCAGGUAAAGUGCAUGCUCUAUAGCAGUCUUCCCCAACCUUUUUUUUAGUUGAGCCCCCACCUCACAGAUCUAAAAGAGAGUCGUGUUGCUGUCAAAAAUACACAUCAAUUUUAAUUGUUUUCAUUGUUUAAAGCUGGAAAUUGCCCAAAACACAACAUUUAUUACCAAAAGACCAUUUUAUAAACAUGAAUGUAGAUAGCUUGAGUGAAUCUACUUUUAAUGACCUGAGAGCAGACAGACCCUCAUGACCCCCCAGGAAAAAUCUCUCCUUUGUUGUUUUGGCAGUGUGUUUUGGGUCUUUCUUUUGCUGCAUGAUGAAGGAUCUCCUAAUCAGUUUGGUUGCAUCUUUCUUUAAGUUGGCAGACAAAAUGUUUCUGUAGACUUCUGAGUUAGUUUUGCUACUGCCAUCAUGUGUUACAUCAGCAGUCAAUACAUCAAGAGUAGUAAGCCUGUCCAAGAAGGAGCCAUGCAAGCCCAAGCCAUAUCAAGGUUAAUAUUUGCCUCAUCAGUCUAUAAAAUAUUGUACCAGAAUUUCUUUUACUUUUAGGCAAAUUCCAGCCUGGCCUUCUUAUUCUUUUUGCUAUUGAGUGGUUUGCAUCUAAAGGUGUAGCCUGUGUACUUUUGUCCAUGAAGUCUUCUGCCAACCGUAGAUGGUGAUACCUUCACUCCUGUGGUCAGUAGAUGGUGAUACCUUCACUCCUGUGGUCAAUAGAUGGUGACACCUUCACUCCUGUGAACAGUAGAUGGUGAUAUUUUAAUUUCUGUGUACAGUAGAUGGUGAUACCAUCACUCCUGUCAACAGUGGAUGGUGAUACCUUCAUUCCUGUCAACAGUAGAUGGUUAUACCUUCACUCCUGUGAACAGUACAUGGUGAUACCUUCACUACUGGCAACAGUAGAUGGUUAUACCUUCAUUCCUGUCAACAGUGGAUGGUGAUACCUUCAUUCCUGUCAACAGUAGAUGGUGACACCUUCAUUCCUGUCAACAGUAGAUGGUGAUACCUUAAUUCCUGUCAACAGUUGAUGGUGAUACCUUCACUCCUCUCAACAGUGGAUGGUGAUACCUUCACUCCUGUCAACAGUAGGUGGUGAUACCUUCAUUCCUGUUAACAGUAGAUGGUGAUACC